UUAGGUACCAGCAGUGACUCCUAUGUGUUACAGUAUGUACACGAAGCAACCCAGCACGGCUACAGAUCAGUCGUGUUCAACAACCGCGGCAAUGGGGGAAUCAAACUUCUGACCGCAAGAACCUACUGUGCAACAGAUACUGAAGAUCUAGCGUUUGUUGUGUCCUUCAUAAAGGCACGCUAUCCUAACGCACCUCUGAUAGGGGCUGGGAUGUCUCUGGGUGGCAUGAUCCUGUUCCAAUAUCUGUCAAAAAUGGGUAGCGAGUCAAAACUACAGGCUGGAAUGUGUGUGUCUGUGGCAUGGAACGUGUUUGAGUCAUACGUAGAACUGGAGAAACCAGGAAUAAACAGACAUGUCCUCAACAGAGCCCUCGCCAAAAGUCUUGUCUACUCUAUACAAAGGAAUGUUGAAGUAUUUGAACAACAUUUUGACGACAUUGACCAUGUCUUUAAGUCUUCCACAAUACGAGAAUUUGAUGAUCGCUUCACAUCUAAAAUGUUUGGAUAUGACGACUGGAAGGAUUAUUACAGGGAUGCCUGUAUACACAACCGUGUCCACAACCUAAGAGUACCAGUCCUGGUGUUGAGUGCUGCCGACGAUCCUUUCUCUCCCCACCACGCAAUCCCCAUCAAGGAAGCAGAACAAAAUGACAACAUAGCUAUUGUGGUGACAUCCCAUGGUGGCCAUAUUGGAUUUCUUGAAGGCAUUCUGCCUCGUCACGGCGGCUAUAUGGAUCGCCUGUUCUCCCAGUUUUCCCGUGCCAUCUUUGAACAUGGACCCAGUACACUAUUAGCAGUGGAGAAGUAACAGAGACAAAUAGACUUGUUAGGUGUAUCCUGUAACAGACCAUGUGGUAAAUAUUGAUGUAGACCUCCCUUCCGACUGGGGCCGAGUCAUGUGACAUACCAUGUGGUAAAUAUUGAUGUAGACCUCCCUUCAGACUGGGGCCGAGUCAUGUGUCAUUCCAUGUGGUAAAUAUUGAUGUAGACCUCCCUUCAGACUGGGGCUGAGUCAUGUGACAUACCAUGUGGUAAAUAUUGAUGUAGACCUCCCUUCAGAUUGGGCCGAGUCAUGUGACAUACCAUGUGGUAAAUAUUGAUAUAGAACUCCCUUCAGACUGGGGCCGAGUCAUGUGACAUUCCAUGUGGUAAAUAUUGAUAUAGAACUCCCUUCCGACUGGGGCUGAGUCAUGUAACAUGUCAUGUGGUAAAUAUAUAAAACUUGUAUCAGAAUAUUGAGUCUGUUUCACUUAUUGAAGUGAAGUUAUUGUAAAUGUAGUAUAUAUUGUUUUUUGUAAAUUUGUAUGAUAUUGAGCUUAUGUCUCCGAAUACUUAAUGAUGUGUCAUAUUGUCUAAUAAAUUGAUCAAGUUUUCUGUAAGAAUACAAAAUUUUGGAAUCAAAAUUAUGGUUCAGUUAAAUAUAUCAUAAAUUGAUAUUUAUUAUGUCAUUUGUCAAAGAAAUGUGAUAUUAAGUAAUAUUUGGUGUUAAUAGCACAUUGUUUUUCUGUAUAGAAAAUGAUUCUACUAUAGAAAUGUAUAGAAACAAUACAGCUAUGCUUUUAAUGUUGAUCAGGCGACUGGGAAUCAAACUGAGGGACCGUGCAGUUCACAUUGUACCACAAAAACUUGUAGGAUUUGUGCAUCUCUUAAGCUUGUUAAUUAACUCAUUGACCCCUGAAGUUCCAUAGUGAACUAUUCCAACCUUUGAAUUGGAAGGGUUCAAAUGUGUCUUCAGGGGUGAAUGAGUUAAAUAGUACAAUGUUGAGCUAAAACUGCUGAACACAGCUACUUGCCCAUAUACUUUGCACAUCACAUCUUUUCCUUGCAAGAUUGACCCGGAAAACUUAAAAUUCUUGUUUCUAAAAGUACUUCUGUACAACAUUGAUUUUCAUAUAAAAAUUCCAUAAAAAAGUUGUUUUUUAUUAUGUAGCUUUUUCAGAAAUCACAGAGUUCACUUCCAGUUUAGUUUUUCGUUUAGUUCAUAUAUAAAUCAAAAUAUGUAUUAUGUUAAGGGCAGUUAUUAUUUGUAUGUGUUCUUGAUUGUAUAAAGCUUUAAAAAUUUUAAAUCCUUUACAGUAAAACCUUGUAAUAAGGGGUUUAAAAACUUGUACAGUAAAAGCUUGUUAUAAGGGGUUUUGCAAUAAAUUGAGGGAAGGAAUUCUUAUGAAGAAAAGGAGCAUUGCAAUAUGUUGGCGGUAAAAGAGGUGGCAAUUGAAACGAGGGGCAUUAUAAGGAGGUCUUACUGUACAGGUAUUGAAAAACAUCCAUAAAAAUUCUCUAAAUCACUUUAGGGUCUAAUGUUGGAGAAUGUUUAUGUUUGAUAGUUGAAUAUGCAUUAUAAUAUAAUUCUUCAUGAUUUUGUUAUGUUUUCUUCAUACAUUCUUGUUCUUUCAAUAUCUAUAGCUACACUGUAGGUGUUUAAAUAUUGUCUAGAGCUAUACACUGUAGGUGUUUAAAUAUUGUCUAAAGCUAUACACUGUAAGUGUUUAAAUAUUGUCUAGAGCUAUACACUGUAGGUGUUUAAAUACUGUCUAAAGCUAUACACUGUAGGUGUUUAAAUACUGUCUAGAGCUACACUGUAGGUGUUUAAAUAUUGUCUAGAGCUACACUGUAGGUGUUUAAAUACACUGUAGGUGUUUAAAUAUUGUCAAGAGCUACACUGUAGGUGUUUAAAUACACUGUAGGUGUUUAAAUAUUGUCCAGUUUAUAAAUGUUAUUAACCAACUUCUUAGAAUUUUCAAUACGGUUUUAUAUCCAGUUACAUUUUCGCCUCAGGAAUAUGAACUUCAGACAGUCAACAUCAAUUCAUGCUUCAUGUACCAGUAUUAGCAAUGUUCACAUGACAAUUGUUGGCAUUCAAUAAUUAUACACUUUGGUUGUGAUCAAUAUUUUAGAUUCUAUCACAUCUAUGACGUAACAAUGUUUUUACUGGUCACCACCAUACAUUAGGCCAGUACGUAAUACAUGUAUGUGUAAUGAUGUUCUAUAAUCUACUCACCUUAUCUAGGUCACCAUUAUAGUCGAACAGAAACACAUUUUGUAGCAUUUGACCUCGUAGAAUAGAUGUAAUAAGCGUGUGUAAUGGUGAAAAUAUGGGGUCUGAAAAGACUAGAAAUACAUUUUAUCUGUGACCUAUUUCAGCAUAUACUUGCCAACUUUUCCUAUUUUGGAAGGUGACUUCCGCUUUUGGACCCUAAAAUUAAGCAUUUUCAACCAGUGAAUUUGCUUAACUAUAUUCUAAGGUCUCAUGACUCCAUCUGAAAGAAGAGCACAAAUAUGUCAUUUAAAAGAUUAUGUACACAUUUUAUUGAUAUUUUUAAUUCUGGGCAUGCCUAAUCUCUGGCCAGUAUUAAUUUGUCUGCUCCAUUAACGUGGUCUUAUCCUCUGGAUAUACUCCACCAGAUCACUUGUAGGUUGAUUUGUCUUCACCAUUAACGUGGUCUUAUUCUCUGGAUAUACUCCACCAGAUCACAUGUAUGUUGAUUUGUCUUCUCCAUUAACGUGGUCUUAUCCUCGGGAUAUACUCCACAAGAUCACAUGUUUGUUGAUUUGUCUUCACCAUUAACGUGGUCUUAUCCUCUGGAUAUACUCCACCAGAUCACUUUUAGGUUGAUUUGUCUUCACCAUUAACGUGGUCUUAUCCUCGGGAUAUACUCCACCAGAUCACAUGUUUGUUGAUUUGUCUUCAUCAUUAACGUGGUCUUAUCCUCUGGAUAUACUCCUCUAGAUCACAUGUAGGUUGAUUUGUCUUCACCAUUAACGUGGUCUUAUCCUCGGGAUAUACUCCACCAGAUCACAUGUUUGUUGAUUUGUCUUCACCAUUAACGUGGUCUUAUCCUCU